AAAGUCCAUUCAAGGAUUACUUAUUUGAAUCAAACGUAACGAUUGCGGCACAGAGAAUGUGACUGUUCCGUUGUUGUUUUCGUUUGAAUUUCAUGAUGAAGAAUAUCCAAGUAGUGUACAUCGUUGUCAUCUGCUUCGUUUGCUUUCGUGUGUCAGAAAGUGCACUCUUCGACAGCAUUUUUCUCAACCCAGGUCGACAGCAGAAUCUGUUGACUACCGUCGAUGCGGUCACAGAGACCUGUUUUAUCGUGCCGAAGCAGCAUGUCUGGUCGCGAUCCGACAAUACGCUAAAGGAAAGAGAAACCUACGCCGAUGCCAAGAUCAAAGCAUUAGCGGUUUUCGCCAAAGGUAACUUUCCCUUUCCGUCCGGGUUGGAACCAGCAUGUUCAAACUACAGCGUUGCCUUCGGGCUGUACCCGGUCGACGUCAUCUUUCUGGAACUUUCAGGCAAAAUUUCUAAGACUCGUCGCCUUCCAUCCUUUUGCAUAUUGUCGACUGAUGGAAGUCCAAUCAUCGGAGGGAAGUUUUGGUGUGAUGAAAGCGUGAACAAGAUUUAUCGGACUAUCGUCAGAGACGAUACACCGGCUAGGGCUUAUAAAGGAGGGUUUACUGAUGCCUUAGCAAGUGCUACUGAGGCCUUAAGUGCCGUAGGAGAUUUCGUCGGUGCCUUUGGUUCCGUAGUGGGCAGUGUGUUAGGUCUCUUCAAUAUAGGUCAUGAUGAGCCUCCUCCAGAUAAAACUCCACCAAGAUUUACAUCCUGCCCGCAUGUUGCGAACCUCAUGAUUCCACGAGGACAGACAACCGUCCACGUUAACAUACCGCGACCAACAUAUGCUGAUGACCGAGACGGCCCGGGAAAUUGUCAGCUAAAUGAAUCACCGACGUUGAAUGGCAUGGACUUGCCGGCGGGAUCCUACGAAGUAACCUUCACUGUUUCUGACAGCUCGGGAAACCAUUGUAGUGGAGACUGUGCAUGCAAGGUGUCGUUUACAGUUGGAGGAGCAAGUUGCACCGUGCCGACAACCUUGCCACCCAACAUCGCUAGCAUUAGUUGUACACCAAACGUAGCGGGACCUCCUGUGUGGGGAACUGUUUGCCAGUACAGCUGUCUGCCAGGGUACCAGAUGUCAGGAGGAACCACGCGUACUUGUGAGAUGGUUGGUGGAACCGGCGUGUGGGUACCAACCAACGCCGUCGAUUGUGGAGAGUCCACUUGCGAUGGUAUUCUGACUCCCCAACAUGGAACUGUAAGCUGCACUAAUGAAAACAAGUACCGCAGUGUCUGUCAGGUGGAGUGCGAGGCAGGAUACCUCCCGGAGGACCAGAACAGAGUAGCCGCAAUGUGUCAGGCUGAUAGUGUCUGGGAUGUCCAGUUGACUAGAUGCAAAGAUAUUCAACCACCGAUCUUCGUCAGCUGCCCAACAGAUAUCGUAGCGUUUGCCGACAGAAGCAGGGAAACAGCUGUCGUUACCUGGGAACAACCGACUGCCGUAGACAAAAUUGAUAACAUAGACAUGCCCGCCUCUGUCCAUCUCAGUGAAGGCAGUAGACCUGGAUCCACUUUCACUCGCGGACAACAUCUUAUCAAAUACACCGCGACAGAUGCUUCCUUAAAUGAAGCACUGUGCUCCUUCAAAGUAGAUGUACAAGUUAUCACAUGCCCUCCCAUCAGAUAUACGCUAAAAGCAGAGCUUUCCUGUCCAAACGGGUACGUGUAUGGCUCAACAUGCACCUUCGGAUGUGAGACAGGCUACCCAGUGAUCGGCCCCACGUCCUUUUCCUGUGAGAGAGACUACAACAGCAAUGAACCAGUAGGGUACUGGGACUGGGGUUUCAACCGAACGAAGCCAUUCUGCAAAAUUGUGCCAUGCCCUACACUUCGGCCGCCGGACAAUGGAGCCCUGGCCUGUGACGGAUGGGCUUAUGGAACAUUCUGCCUCAUCCAGUGUAAUGACCAAUGGGACGUUCCGCUGGACACUCCGGAAAGAUACGUGUGUGAAACCCUGUCAGGCACAUGGAAUCCUGACGAUGAUGUUCCCAACUGUGCAUUACCCCGAGAUCCAGACAGCAUGAACCUACCAUCGGAGCUGUACUACUACUCAGGAGACUGCAGGGACCCGGAGACUCAAGUACAGAUUCAAGAGAACUUCAUCGCGAUUCUCAACAGUUCCGACUACAGUCACUUAUGCCAACUAUUUGUAGAGUGCGCGGCUGAAAAUGUGGUGGUUUACUGCGGUAACGUGACAACGCGUUCCGGUCAGCCAUCGUACCAACUGCAAGUCAAGUUCGACUUAAGUGUCAAAGUCAAAGAACAAACGGACCAGCAUACUAGUUACAUAGAUUUAGAAAAUACCCUUUUCUCAAUGGCUGAUAAGAUCGACGAAGGGGUGAAGGAGGGCAAGUUCUCUUUGAAUAACGUCACGGCCAUUGAUCUGGAAGUGCAGCCUGACUCAUUUGUCACAUCUCAAUGGACAAAUCUUGUCUGUGAGCCAGGAUACCAGCCGGACUAUGACACCUACACGUGCAAGGGCUGUCCCAAGGGAAGUUACUUUGACACAGACAAAGGUGUAUGUGAGAAAUGCCAAGCCGGACAAUUCCAAGAUGAAGAUGGGCAGUUGACAUGCAAACCCUGCCCACUUGGUACAUGGACGGUUAAAAAUGGAAGUCGAUCAAUGGAUCUCUGUUUGGAUACCUGUCAACCCGGAUGGUACUCGGAUACUGGAAUGGAGCCGUGUGCACAAUGCGAAAUGGGUCACUACCAGGCCAUGUCAGGCCAGAAGCAGUGUCACAGAUGUCCCAGCGGACAAACAACGACAACAUUCGGUGCAAAGGCGAUGAAUGAGUGUAAAAGCAUCGACCUAGUCCUCAACGUAUCCAGCAGUGUUCAACUGACAGAAACGCCAUCUGAUCUACAAGGAAUCACUCUCUCCCUCUGGAUCCGUCCUCAUCUGGACUCAGCACAUGGCACCAUUUUUUACCUGGGGAAUGAAUCAAACAUUCUGUUCGCUAUUAGAAAACAAGAAAGCUUAGAGGUGGCUUUAGCGAGCACAGUGCUAAGCACAGGAAUACCGUUAGACGGUGGUAGAUGGCACAGCCUUGUUGUCACCCUGCGUGAUGCUGAAAAAGACUGCAAAGUGUACAUCGAUGGAGUCGAAUCCUGGUCUCAAAGUCUGCCCAACUUCGCAAGCACAGUGUUUCCAGCACUAAACACGAACAUCGUCCUAGGCGACGCCGUCGGAGGCUCUCUUGCUUGUGACAUCAGCGCCUUAAGUGUAUGGAAUGGAGGAGCUCUACCGGAGUCUACAAUCCUCCAAAUGUCACAGAGUUGCUCCUAUGAUGACACAGACGCUGUUGUCACAUGGACUGAUGUCUUGACAAGCACCAGAAACCGCAUAACGCAAAGGCUGCCAUCAAUAUGUGACGACCACAACGACUGCAACCCGAACCCCUGUGGAGACCAUGCAGCUGGGUGUUGGGAUGACUUUGGGUUCUACACUUGUGUCUGUGAGGCGGGAUACACCGGUACCCAUUGUGACGUCAACAUCAAUGACUGUCACGAAGGCUCCUGUAAGAACGGCGGGACAUGCGUGGAUGGCGUGGCAAACUACACGUGUGUUUGCUCCGAUGGGUUUACAGGAAGGCUUUGUGAGAGAGAAAUCGUCAAUGGUGGUUGGGGACAGUGGACAGACUGGACCCCUUGUAGUGCUACAUGCGGAAACGGAACACGCCAGAGAUCGAGACAGUGCAACAACCCACCUCCUGAAGAGAACGGCAAUGACUGCAUUGGACAUUUCACAGAGAGCGGAACCUGUAGCGUGCAAAGUUGUCCGUCUUGCCUGGAGCUGAAACAGCCAUUCGGUGCCAUCAUGAACUGUUACCGGAAUGACACAGAGGACAGGAACUACUGCCAAAUCGACUGCGCUCUUGGAUUGGAGUUUUCUGAGACACCCCAUCUGCUUUACACCUGCGGGCCAGAGUCACAAUAUAAAUGGAAUCACCAAACUGAAAACAACCCAUUGGCGAUACUUCCAUCGUGCGCCCAUGGCCGAAUCCCUUCAAGGCUUUCCAUUGACUACAAGAUGAAAUACCCGGAUUUGUACUGCACAUCACCUGGAGAAAGCCGACACAUCAAGGACGCCAUCAAAGAGAUAGGAGCACAAAAUGUCCAAGACGUAGACUGUGUCAAAAGAAAGACCUGCCAUGUAACAUUGCAGGUCCUCCACUGCGACCUCCCAGGAGAUAACCUAUCACCAGCGUCUCUCGGUAUAGUGCUCUUUGGAGAUGUGAAUGGCACGAUCGACCUCGGAGACCUCUACGAGGCGAAUGGAAAUAUGAGUAACAAAGGGCAAGAGGCAAUCACCAGGCUAUCCAACACAAUCAUAGACCUCACUUCUGGAGCCGAAGAAAUUAAAAACAAAUCGAAGUCCAAUGACUUCGCUGUCGUCAUUGAUGGUCAGAGUUUUGCAGUGGACGCCAAUAGAAGUGAGGUCACGCUCAAUGCUGAUUGCCAACCACCCAUGGUAGCAAAAGGGAUGCUUUGUGUUUACUGUGCACCGGGAACGUACUACCAAAACAAGAAGUGCACCAAAUGCCCUAAAGGGUCCUUUCAAGAACUCGAGGGACAGAUGUCCUGCAUUUCCUGCCCGGAAGGUUUCAUAACAGCUGGAGUAGGAGCCGACCAUUCCUCCGACUGCUCUUAUGAACAUCCGGAGAUACAACCGGAGACGGAGCAGGCUCCCGUCAUGACCACAGGUGGUUCACAGUUCACAAUCACAACCAAGCCGUCUUCGGAUCCAGACAACUUUGGGGAAACCAAAGAUGACUCAGUGGACGAUACCAGUACUACUAUUGCCGUCGCUGUUGUGAUCCCGAUCGUGCUGGUGGCCGUUAUUGGAGUAAUCGUUGUUGGAGUAUACAUGUACAGGCGUAAAAGUGGUCGAACUGAUUCCAACCCUCGCAAAGACAAACGACUACUGCGCAAUGACAUUCCCAAGCGCCAUUUUGAUGAAGGCAUCGCCAUGCAAGCGAUGUAGGGCAGGCAGGAGAAUGGGGCGAAGACUAAAAGCUGUGGAAGGGAGACGGUAGACUGUAAAAUGAUUGAUAUUCUUCUAUAUCCAUUUGAAAUCGCUAUUUGCAUUACUUUCUUUGGAGCCUCGAUCGAGAUGAUUCAGUGUAAUAUGUUUCCCACACUGACAGGUGUAAUAUUUGUAUCUUAACAGUAGAAAGCUAUCUUUCGUAGUUUGAUUAAAUUGUAGUAGUAACUUUAUAUACCAUUUACCAAUAUGAAACUAAAGCUAUCAAACUGGUAAACAAGUGUAUAGAAUAGAGACCACAAACCUUACAAGGUAGUAUUUUGCCUUUUCAGUUGCAGAUUCUAAUAAGAGUUUGAUAUUUCAUGUGAUCAAUGUCUGUAAAUAUUAAAAACAGACGAUUGAAUAAUCUGUAGGCAUAGAACUAAUACAACUCAUAAGGCAGGAAAGCGUAAUAUUGAUAAAGAUGCUGCUACAUAGUUAAAACUGUAGCACAUUUAUAGUGUGGAUAUUUGUGAUAUGGUUAUGGUAUUGGCACGCAUGUAGAACAUUUGGAAACAAACCAUUCUGGAGAAUUAUACAGUGAAAAGGUAAAAAAAGCAGUCAUUAGUUAUCUGAUGUUAAGUAGCAUAUAGUGCAGUGAGUGCAAUACGGCUUCGUUACAGUUUGCGUAAGAACUUAGCAUUUUACU